AUGGCUGUGUUGGCAGCUUUGGAGCUACACCGCGCGGGACAAGCUUCAAACCACCACCGAGAUGCUGAGCCACCUGAGAUAUCCGACGUUUUGACCGACCCUCAAGCACCGCCCAUUUAUUAUGGAGAGGGUCGUUUUUCGCCACCAAGCUCAAUCAGCGAUGAUGAAUAUACGGACCGGGAAAAGCUCCUCGAUCCGAGUCGUGUUGAACGUGGCAGCCUUGAUGACGGAGAUAUGGAUCGCGUUAAUGUAAUGCGCGAACCUGGUGGGCUAUCUCUGGGUAGGAAGCGCAUGUCUCCCCUUCGUUGCUUAGUACUAUCUCUUGGUUCACUCGUUUUAUUGGCGGUUCUGCUUGGAUUUUUGGCGGCACGAACUUAUAACCAAACUUCAUAUCGCUACCGCGCGCCUGGAAAUAAACACAUUACUAUGGAUCAUGUAUUUAAUGGAACAUUCGCUGCUGAUAAACGCAGCUUGGCCUGGGUUAGUGAGGCUGGAGACGGUAUCUACUCUAUUGAAGAGGAGGGGUCAAUUAAACUUGUGGAUCUAAGUACUCAGACGAAUCGGACGCUCGUCAAAAGGAGUGAUGUGAAAGAUGAACAUGGUAACCAAUUGGUGUUUAGCUCCUGGUCCCUCUCAGCCGAUGCUUCCCACGUUCUCCUCAAAACCGAUUAUCUCAAACAAUACCGGCAUUCAUCCUUUGGAAACUUUUAUCUUCAUCGCCUUUCGGAUGGACGCACAUUUCCUCUCGUUCCUCCAAGUAACCCCCCUCGUGUGGUGCAUGCCGCGUGGUCGCCCACUGGUCGAAGCAUUGCUUGGGUAAUGGGAAAUGAUAUAUAUGUCGUAAAAGAUCCUAGCCCCGAUGUCACACCUCUCCGCCUUACCUACUCUGGGAAUGCAACCUUGUUCCACGGAGUACCUGAUUGGGUAUACGAAGAAGAGGUUCUCUCGUCUGCUUCAGCUCUUUGGUGGUCUCCUACAUCCUCGCAUAUCGCCUAUCUUUCUCUCGAUGAAACCAACGUCCUCGAGUACGUGGUACCAGUAUACAACCCAACUGGCGACGCAUCCAGUGUUAUUCCUUACGGUGGGGACCCUAUCAAGAUCAAGUAUCCCAAGCCUGGUUACGGUAAUCCCCUCGUGCAGGUUGCAGUUUGCGAUUUGACGGCAAUUCCUACCAACCUGACCACCGACGCUGUUUCUAAAAUCGUCCAAGGAACUGUUAAAAACGCGACAACCAUACUGUCGUGGGACAAACAACUGAAACCGGAGGACCAGAUUGUCAGCGAAGUUGCAUGGGUCGGAAACGAAACUCUCAUUGUCCGGGAAGUCGGUCGCGAAGCCCGGGAAGGCCAUGUAGUCUUAUUCGAUGUGGGCAAGACUGGAAAAGUUGCCAAAGGAAAGAUCGUGCGAGUCAAGGGUGAAAAAGGCGAAGAGGGAGACAAAGGCUGGAUUGAAUCAGAGCAAAACAUUGUCCCACUCAAGCAAACCCCUGGCUACCUGGAUAUUCUACCCACUCCCAAAGGUUAUAACCAUAUAGCCCUUUUUAGCCCUCCUGAUUCCUCUGAUCCUAUAUGGCUCACUAGCGGUGAAUGGGAAGUUACUGGGAGCGUUCUCGCUGUGGACGAGACUCACGGGCUUAUAUAUUUCCAAGCAGCCAAACACUCAAUCGCUCGUGGUGUUUACUCGGUCUCCCUUCCGUCGGCGAAAGUUCUUAACUCCCGAGCACCUGUACCCAAACCGGCCGAGCCUGUUGCUCUAACAGACGAUUCGACAUUGGCUUGGUACUCCGCAUCGUUCUCCCCGCAAGGUGGUUAUUACGUCCUUAACUAUGAUGGGCCAGCAGUGCCCUGGCAGAAGGUCAUAGGAGUAGAAACCAAAGGCCAGAAAGAGUCCGUGAACUACGUGCUUACGGACAACGAUGAACUAAACAAGACAUCAGCGGCUUUCCAAAUGCCUUUCAUUACUCGUUCAACGAUAGAGAGCGACGGGUACGAGCUCAACUUUAUGGAAAUUCGGCCGCCCAAUAUGGAUGAGACUGGACGCAAGAAGUACCCGGUGCUUUUCCGAGUAUACGGCGGACCUGGGUCACAGAUGGUACACAGCCGAUUUGAUCGUGAUUGGCACCACUAUCUCGCUUGCUCACUUCAGUACAUUAUUGUCGUUGUUGAUGGGCGUGGUACUGGGUUCAAAGGCAGGAAGCUCAGGAACCCUAUUCGCGGUAACUUGGGAUACUGGGAAGUCGUGGAUCAAAUCAACGCGGCUAGGAUAUGGGCUUCGAAGCAGUACGUCGAUUCCAAGAGAAUUGGUAUCUGGGGCUGGUCGUAUGGCGGGUUUAUGACUUCCAAGGUCUUGGAGGCUGAUGCUGGAGUUCAUACCCUUGGUAUGGCCGUAGCUCCUGUUACUUCCUGGCGCCUCUAUGACUCGGUCUAUACGGAGCGAUACAUGGGUCUUCCUGAUAACAACCCAGAAGGAUAUGUCAAUGCUAGUAUCACCAAAGUUGAUGGAUUCCGCCACGCGAACUACCUACUGGCUCAUGGAAGUGGCGACGAUAAUGUUCACUUCGCCAACUCGGCCCAUCUCCUGGACAUGCUGACUCAGGCAAAGGUUCGCGGGUUUAGAUUUAGAAUGUUCACCGAUAGGUAG